AUGACGGACGAUAUCGAGCUGUGGCGAGCGGCCUUGCAGCAAUGUCUCCAUGCCCAUUCUCAUCAAUUACCCAUCUUUCUUGAGCACCUUGCCAUAAGCCUUGUAAACAGAUUCCAGCAAUGGGGUGUCCUACCUGACCUCGAUGAGGCCAUCAAUCUCCAUCGAGCUGCACUAGCACGCCGUGCCACAGGCCAUCCUCGUCGAUCCAAUUCUCUCAACGACCUCGCCAAUGCCCUUCAACUCAGAUUCCACCAGCGGGGCGUCCUGGAUGACCUGAAUGAGGCCAUUAAGCUCCAUCGAGCUGCACUGGUGCUUCGUCAACCUGGCCAUUCUGAUCGACCCAUGUCUCUAAGUAACCUUGCCAGCUGUCUUCAUGACAGAUGCGUGCAGUCGGAUGUCUUGUCUGACCUGGAUAAGGCCAUUGAGCUGCAACAAGCUGCACUGGAGAUCUGUCUCCCUGAUCACCAUCUUCGACCCCAACUUCUGAACAACCUUUCGGACAACCAUCUACACAGAUUCCAGCGGGGGGGCACCCUGUUUGAACUCGAUGAGGCCGUAAGGCUCAAUCGAGCUGCGCUGGCGCUCUGUCCCCUUGGCCAUCCUCAUCGAUUUGGCUCCCUCAAUAGCCUUGCAAACAGUCUUGUCGUCAGAUCUCCGGAGCGGCGUGUCCUGUCUGACAUAGAUGAAGUCAUCAAUCUCCAUCAAGCUGCACUAGCACUCUGUCCCAUUGGCCAUCCUCAUCGAUUGGUGUCCCUCAAUAACCUCGGUAUUAGCCUUGGAAACAGAUUCAGGCAUCGGGGUGUUCCGUCGGACCUUGAUAAGGUCAUCGAGCUCCAUCGAGUUGCUCUAGUGCUCUGUCCGCCUGACCAUCCUCUUCGACCUAGUUUUCUCUAUAACCUCGCAAACAGACUUGUAGAUAAAUUCCAGCAGCGGAAUGUCCUGUCUGACCUAGAUGAGGCCAUUGACCACCAUCGAGCUGCGCUGGCCCUCUGCCCCUUGGGCCAUCCUGAUCGAUGUGCUUCUCUCGAUAACCUUGCAAACAGCCUUCGAGUCAGAUUCCAGCAGCGGAAAAUCCUAUCGGACGUAGAUGAGGAAAUCGAGCUCCGUCGAGGUGCUCUAGUGCUCUGUCCCCCUGGUCAUUUUCAUCGAUCCACAUCUCUUGAAAACCUUUCCCUUAGCCUUCAAUAUAAAUUCCAGUGGCGAGGUCAAUCAUCAGACUUAGAUGAGGCCUUCAGCCUUUAUGAAAAACUCUCCCAACAAUCUCUUCCGGCCUCUCGUUUCGAUAUUCGUGCUGCCAAGUCAUGGAUUACCUCCGCGGAGCAGGCGAAACAUGGCUCUGCACUCAUUGCCUGCCAGACCACGUUAAAAUUUCUGGAUCAGUAUGUCGCUGUUUUGGCGCCCUCUUCCAACCAUUUCGAUGUGGUCAAGGAGGUUACUUCAUCCAUUGCAAUGGAUGCUUUCUCGUGCUGUGUUCGCCAUGGCGCUUUGACGAAUGCUGUGGAACUAGUAGAGCAAGGCCGUGCAGUAUUGUGGACCCAGUUAGCGCGCUUGCGCACGCCGCUGGAUGAACUUUCCACAUCAAGUCUCACCGGUAGUGCCUUAGCAGAAGAGUUCAAGAAACUCAGCUCCAGCCUUCGUGACGUAUUUGAUGCGUCUACUGAAGAUCAGUUCUUACAAAUCCGGCAACUGACCACGCAAUGGGAUGGUGUCGUUUCCCGCAUCCGCCAGCUGCCUGAUUUUUCCCGAUUUCUCCUACCUCCGCUGUUCUCUGACCUCCAGAAAGCGGCAGAAUAUGGUCCAGUCAUCAUUGUCAACGGAAGUAAAUAUAGCUGUGACGUCUUGAUCAUCACGCGGGACCAAGAUCCUAUCCUCAUUCCACUUGAUAUCUCGCUAGCAGAGGUUUCCGAGUUGUCAUCAGAAUUUCAAUCCCUCACAAAGCGUGUUGGUUCUUCUGAUCAUCAACUCGAAUCAUACAAGAUGGUCGGCAUCCUACGCAAGCUUUGGGCUUGUAUCGUUAGCCCCGUGGUUCAGGUUCUCAAGGAGUUGAUCGACCCCGGCUCACGCAUCUGGUGGUGUCCCACCGCUGAGUUCACCCUGCUUCCUCUACAUGCAGCGGGACCUUAUGAAAAGAGGAGCCAUAAUUUGUCUCAUUUUUACGUCUCCUCGUACACCUCAACUUUGGGCGCACUCAUUCGUGCGAGACAUCAUGUUUCUCAAGAUGAGUCCAUUCAGUAUUUCGUUGCCGUUGGCCAAGGACAUCCGGACGGAGGAAAGGAACUUCGACAUGUGGCCGCUGAGUUGGACAUUGUCGCUGAGCGGGUGGCACCUGUCCUGUCCUUUACAUCCCUCACCGACAGCGACGCAACAGUCCAGGGGGUAUCCGAUGCAUUUAGUCGUGCACAGUGGCUUCACCUUGCCUGUCACGGAAUGCCGAAUCGGAAACAACCAUUUGAAUCUUCCUUCACGAUGCGCGACGGUCCUUUCACCAUCAUGGACAUCAUCCGAUCUCGCCUGCAGAAUCCAGAGUUUGCGUUUUUAUCAGCUUGUCACACUACUGUGGGAGAUGAAUCGAGCCCUGAUGAGGCGAUUCAUCUUGCUGCAGCGAUGCAAUUCUCUGGAUUUCGCAGCGUAAUAGGUUCGAUGUGGUCUGUCGAUGACGAAGUUGCUCGUCAGAUCGUAACAGCGUUUUACGACAACCUGGUUGAUGGUUCGGGGAGGUUGGACUGCAGGCGCGCUGCUGUAGCGUUGCAUAAUGCUGUGAGGACGUUGCGGAAGAAGAUUCCACUGGAACAGCAGAUUGAAUGGUCCGGGGAACUUCUAGUACUGUAUGAUCCGCUAUCGGAAUUUGAUCGGAACAGUCACGGUAUUCAUACGUUUACGAGCCAUACUAUGACCACUGUCCCGUCUGCAAGUCAGUGGGGAUCCCCUACUGCAACCAAGAGAGCACUCCUUAUACAUGGUUUAAAUUCGUCCUCGCACACGUUCCACCGCGUUGCAUCGAUACUUGCAGCCAAAGGAUACUUGGUCGUUGCUCCUAACCUUCUUGGACAUGCUCUCAGGAUGCCUGGAGUUGACUUUAAAGUCCAGACAUUGGCAGACGACCUCUCGCCCUACCUUCAGGCUGCUGAGUAUGAUAUAGUCGUUGGUCACUCAAUGGGUGGGGCCGUGGUAUUAUCGCUUCUCAAGUACCUGCCGAAGACCAGACCUACCUCAGUGGUUCUCGUCGAUUCAUCUGUGGAAAUGACUGCAGAGCAGAUGGUGGUUCACAGGGUCAGAAAUUCUAACAUUAUCAAGACUAACCCCACGGCCGAAGAUUAUAUGGCAUUGAAUCCUCUAUGGACGAGAGAGGAUGCCAUUUGGAGAUCUUUGGGGACCCAAAUCGUGAGAGCAACCAACCACAAUGAUCACUUGGAUGGCAACGUGCCAUGGUCAUUCUCGCAUUUAUUCGCCGAGAGGCCUGCUGCUGCCGCAUUGACGGUUUUGAUUGCAGACCCGCGAUCUAAUGCAUAUGGUGCUUCGAAAUUGGAGAAUGUCGCAAAAUUCAAAGAUGUUAGAGCAGUGAUCGUUCCAAAUGCCUCGCACUGGAUACAGUAUGAAUUCCCGGAAGUGAUUGUUGAAGAGGCGCUAAGGAAUAUCGAAGAGUAA